AUGUCGUCCCAAACCGGUAAGCCAUUCGACUGGACCUUCGAUCCAGAAACCGAAGAUCCAACUCUCCACAUGAAAGGCCGCAAAUUCUUCUUCUUCGUCGCAAUCUUCUCCAUCAUCGUCCUCUUCACCGCCAUCUUCCUCUGCGCCAGAUGGAUCUUCCGCAACCGCGUUCUUCUUGCAACAAACGCCACUCCAUUGCAGACAUUACCAAACUCUUCACGUUCAGAAGGACUCGACGCCGACGCGAUCAAGAAGCUUCCUAUCAUACUACAUCAAACGGAUUCUUCCAAUCGCGCGUUGGAAGAAACCGAGUGCUGUAUCUGUUUAAGCGCGUUUAGAGAUGGUGAGAAGCUGAAGGUGUUGCCGGUAUGUAAUCAUUGUUUUCACUGCGAGUGUGUUGACUCGUGGCUCGCGAAUCGUUCGAGUUGUCCUUUGUGUAGAGCUUCGCUUAAAACUGAUUCGUCUUUUCCAAAGAUUUUGAUUCAAGAACCACCGAUAAUUUAUAAUUAUCCACUCUGA